AUGGACGCGAAGCGCUUCAACCGCCAGACGCGCCAACUCCGCCAGUCCAUGUCCGGCAUUCACCUCUCCAGUCAGGACAAGGCCGACCUGACCAUCGCCACGCCGGAGGAGUUCAUCAAGCGCUUCAACGGCAACCGCGUCAUCAACAAGGUCCUCAUCGCCAACAAUGGCAUCGCCGCCGUCAAGUGCAUGCGCUCCAUUCGCCGCUGGAGCUAUGAGAUGUUCCGCAAUGAGAAGGCCAUUCGCUUUGUCGUCAUGGUCACCCCCGAGGACCUGAAGGCCAAUGCGGAGUACAUCAAGAUGGCGGACCAGUACGUGCCCGUGCCCGGCGGCACCAACAACAACAACUACGCCAAUGUGGAGCUCAUUGUGGACAUUGCCAAGCGCAUGAACGUGCAGGCCGUCUGGGCGGGCUGGGGCCACGCCUCGGAGUACCCGCGCCUGCCGGAGCUGCUCAACAAGGCCAAUAUUGCCUUCAUGGGGCCGCCCUGCAAUGCAAUGUGGGCGCUCGGGGACAAGAUCGCCUCGAGCAUUGUCGCGCAGACGGCCGCCGUGCCCACCAUGGACUGGUCGGGCAGCGGCCUGGUCUGCCCGGACUGGCAGGAGGGGAAGACCUUCAAGAUUCCGCAGGAGCUCUACCUGAAGGGCUGCGUGGGGGACGUGAAUGAGGGCCUGGUGGCGGCGAAGAAGAUUGGCUUUCCGGUGAUGAUCAAGGCGAGCGAGGGCGGCGGCGGCAAGGGCAUUCGCAAGUCAGAGUCGCCAGACGACUUUCCGGCCAUGUUCCGCCAGGUGCAGAAUGAGGUGCCCGGCUCGCCCAUUUUCGUGAUGAAGCUCGCCACCUGCGCCCGCCACCUGGAGGUGCAGCUGCUGGCGGACACCUAUGGGAAUGCCAUUUCGCUCUUUGGCCGGGACUGCUCCAUCCAGCGACGCCACCAGAAGAUCAUCGAGGAGGCGCCCGCCAUCAUC